GACGUUCCUCGACGCCAGGGGGAAGGCUGAGAAUGUGACACCCGCUGGAGUUCAGGAGCGGUGUACUCCGGCUGGCUGGGGAACGAAGCGGACCGUGUCCAAUGGAGCUCCAGGAAAAGAUCCCUGUGCCGAUUCGGACGGAGGUCGACCGGGACGUGUUUCUGCGAGAGGUCUGUCCAGAGCGCAGACCGGCCGUGCUGAGGGGUGUGUGCCUCGGACCGUGUCUGGAGAAGUGGACGGCUGAAUAUCUUGGCCAGAGGGGAGGGGACAAGGAAGUGAAGAUUCACGUAUCCACUGUGCCACAGAUGGACUUCCUUCGCAAAAACUUUGUGUACAAGACUCUGCCAUUCAGUGAAUUUGUGAAAAGGGCAUCGGAGAAAAAACACUCUGACUUUUUCUUGUGUGAGGAUGAGAGCUAUUAUCUUCGAUCAUUGGGAGAGGACGUCCGAAAGGAACCUGCGGAUCUGAGCAAACAGUUCCCAGACUUGGCAGCGGACUUUCAUAUCCCACACUUCUUUGAACCUGAUCAGUUUUUCUCCAGCGUCUUCCGAAUCAGCUCCUGUGGUCUGCAGCUGUGGACCCACUACGAUGUGAUGGAUAACCUGCUGGCUCAGGUGUCGGGGAUGAAGAGAGUGGUCCUCUACAGCCCCCAGGAUGCGUUGCACCUCUACCUGUCAGGUGAUAAGUCGGAGGUUGUGGACAUUGACGCCCCAGAUCUGAAACGGUUUCCUGAGUUUGUGAAGGCAAAGCGGUACGAGUGUGUGCUUGAGCCCGGAGAUCUGCUCUUUAUCCCUGCCCUGUGGUUCCAUAACACCACUGCGCUGCAGUUCGGUGUGGGUGUUAAUGUGUUCUGGCGCCAUCUACCUGCCGACAGCUACGACAAAAAGGACCCGUACGGCAACAAAGACCCAGUGGCUGCAACUCGAGCCUUCCAGGCACUGGAGAGGGCCCUGCACAUGCUGGAUGAACUUCCUGCAGAUUAUCGGGACUUUUAUGGGCGCCGCAUGGUUCAGCGCAUCCAAAAGCGGACACGCAGUGGCAGUCUGUCGGCAACAGGUACACAGGAGGACUCUGACCAUACGUUACCCAGCAGGCAAUUCACCAAACCUGGAUGAGUGUAUAGAGAAAUGUAGAGUAAGCAAUAAAAUAUCUAAGAAGCGUG